GGAGCUGCAGUUCGCCUUCUGAACACGGUGCAGGCAGUGAGGACGUCGUCGUCGUCCGUACACAGCCGUACAGUGUGUUGGUUCCGUGCUGAGCAACGGGUCUUUGCACGGUGUGUGCUACGUGUGUGUUACGAGCGUGUGUGUUUUUGCGCUCCGUGCAAGCUGGAAUUCUUGCACACAGAAGCUUGUGCCGUGUUGACAAGUAGUGGCAAGUUGAAGUUUAGCGGCAGCGUAAUUGCAGGUGUUGUGAGUGAAGCCGUACCGAUUCUGAAAGCCCAAGAUCCACCUCUCAGUUCCAGAUCGAGCUCCAGUUCCAGCGUUCCAGCCCCGUAUUAACCCUAACGUUUCGCCCCUGGUGCGGAGUAAGGAUGUAGACACGGUAAGGGGAGGCACCUUUCACCGGUUACCGGGAGCGUACGGCUAUGCGCCAGCGAUCGUCGGCCACGAUUCGCGACCCCACCAGCAUCAGCUCGAGCGCCCAUGGCUCUAUGGAGUCAGUGUUGCCGCGCAACCGUCUAACUAGUGCCUACACGUCCACGUCCAAAAGCAACGGCGGUAGUACGCAGCAGUACGGAGCAGCAGCAGCAGCACUAACGCCACCACCAGCACACUACCGGCCGGCGGUUACCGGCGGUGUUAUGAAUGAUCAGUCUCGUUGCGACAGUCGAACAUCGCACCAGAGUCUUAGCAGUAGUAUCGUCAGUAGCAGCAGCAGCAGCAGCAGCAGCAGCAGCAACAGUAGCAACAGUGCGCGAACUCUCAAACAAAGCGUGGUGAAGUCGGUGGAACAGCGCGUACGAAGUAAGGUUAGUUCGGGAGCGGAAAACGCUGUCAGCUCCACCUCAACACCGGGCACAUCGCAGAGAGCCGGUGGGGGGUCUUCAUCGCAGAGUAGCAGCGCCACACGGCCACCAGCCUCCAACGAACCGGACAACCUUUCCAGCUAUCGUCGGUACAGCACCUACACGGCCGGACUGAAAGAAUCUAGCAAGUGUCCCACACCGGGUUGCGUCGGGUUAGGCCACGUCACCGGACUUUACACUCAUCAUCGAAGCCUAUCCGGAUGUCCGCGGCGUGAUAAAGUAUCGUCUGAAUUGUUAGCACUUCACGAGACGAUUCUGAAAUGUCCCACACCAGGGUGUAACGGGCGUGGACACGUCAGUGCCGGGAGGAACUCACACCGGAGUCUAUCUGGAUGUCCCAAGGCAGCCGCCAGUAAGGCUGCAGCACGCGAACUCAAGUAUCAAAAUGGUUUACUCUUUCGCCAAAAGUUGCAUACAGCAGUACUAAACUAUCAACAAUUGGGUGACUACCACUCUGCACUAGCUGUGUCGGGGACGGAUGACGUAGCUGCCCGCGAUAUUACCGCAAACCGUCAGCUCGCGCUGCAAACCAUUCAACCGACUGAAACCGCCAGAGUAAGACAGCAGCUAUCCGCUACCGAGAGUUGCUCGGGGAAGGAUCUUAGUAGCAGGCAUAUCACAUCACACGAUUCUAGCAGUGAGUCAUCGACUGAAGCGGACAUUAGCGACAAACCGGACUCAAGGCCCGUCAUUAAAGCAGAGAAGCAGUGCGAAACAGUGCUAGCGUCGGGUGGGUCCUCCACCCACCAAACCGCAUCGGACACACGCAGCACCAAGAUGCUGGAGAGUAGCUACGGACGCGAUCAGGAUCCAGCCCGGUACGGGCAGGUAGGCGAUACGCGACAGCAACAGUAUACGACAGCACACUACGACACGAGCCAGGCGCUUCCGGCCGGCUCGUACGAUCUCGGUUCCUACACAUCCCGUGGUUACGAUACGGGUGCCUUCGAGCGGUACGACACCGCCAGCUAUGGCAUGCAGAAGAGCUUCAUGUACGGCUCCGUCUACCAACCGGUACAGCCCACCCUCGACGACUACUCCGUCGCGGUAGGACUGUCCGGCACUGGCGUCGGAGGUCCAGCUGGCGUACCGGGACAGACGCCACCGGUCGCAAGUCUUGGCACGACGGUCCAGCAGCAAGAAUCGAUGUUGCCACCGGCUGGACCACCACUGCUGAAGGUAGAAAUGUCCGACGAGAAUAGUUCCACCACCGAACCGAUCUAUCCGCGACCGGUCUAUCACUACGAACCAUCGUGCGGGGCUAGCCCUGUUCAUCCGCCCGGAUAUUCUGCAAUCAAUCUGAGCGUUAAGGUAACGACGAGUGAAGGUGCACUGCGCGGUGGCCUAGGAUCACCCACCAGCGGCACAUCCGAACGGAAACCUGUGGUGGAUCUGUCGUCGAACGGUGUGUCCUCCUCCAAUGGGCAGCUUACAGCGGACGGGGUAAAAGGUGAGGCUGAGACGCAACUUAGCCCAAAGCCUGGUACAAGUCCUAACCACGUCAAGGCGAACAGUCCACAUAUACCGAGCCCGCAGGGCCAUACGCUUGAUCUGAGCGUUAGUCGACUACCCAAUAGCUCAUCGAGUCCACAGUAUCAUCAAGAAACGGCACCAGCGGCAACGAAUGCUCGCUCACCUCCGACGGAACCGGUCGACUUUAGCGGUCCUUCAAGACCGCUGAGUUUUGGCUUUAUGGGACCACCAGGUCCUGGGUAUAGCCGCGAAUCAACACCGGACAGCCCUGCCACGCAUUAUCUGGAAGGAUAUCGAGAUCACACUGGCUACAGUCCACAUCCAGGAUACGGGAUGGUAGAGUACGCAAACGGAUAUCCCGGAUACGGUUCCAACUAUCAAGCAUGCCCACCGUACGGUGCUUCCCUCGGUCCUUACUCAUCCGUACCCGGGGCGGGCUACUCUUCAGCCGGUUCCUGCUACGCGAUGCCACCACCAUCACACAUACCCUCGCACGACAAGCUACUGAAGGAUGGCUUGUCUGGACUUUCGCGCACCGACAGACAAUAUCACACCAACACGCAGGAGCUCAAAUGUCCAACGCCCGGGUGUGAUGGGUCGGGUCACGCGACCGGCAACUACUCCUCCCACCGCAGCCUGUCCGGCUGUCCGCGGGCCACCAAACCGAAAAGCAAACCACGCGACGGUCAAGAAUCGGAACCGCUGAGAUGUCCAAUUCCUGGUUGUGAUGGUUCGGGACAUUCGACGGGGAAGUUUCUCUCGCAUCGCAGUGCGUCCGGAUGUCCGAUUGCAAACAGGAAUCGUAUGCGCGUCAUGGAUACCGGAGGGCCAUCGUCAGCCGAUCUUCAGCCGCAACACUCUGCCAAGCUAGUGAACAGCUCGAACGGUUGCGAUGCGCUAACAAACUCCUUAGGGCAGGGCAUUAAGAAGGCAAAAUACUCUGACGAACAUCUGGGCGACGGCUAUGGGAAACCUUAUUCAGCCAUGUCCGAGAUGGUGAUGACACACUCGCCCGAUCAGGAUACGCGCAAUAGUGGCAAUCCUUCCAACGUGCCGAACGGUUCCGUUGGACCGUCGCAGGAAACGAUACCGCCCAGCACCUCGAUGUCGCUGUCCCACCUCCGUACCGCCAGCAAUGGUACCGUGAUGUCCCGCAUGCAGGACCCGAACGUGCAGGACGCCCCGGCAGCGGACGCUCAGCGCCGCGUUGCCAGCGGCGAAGGAUCGGCGGGCGUUGGCGGCGAACGCGGUGGUGCUGGUGGGUCAUCCGGAGCCGGCGAAGACCUGCUGUCGCUCGAGGCGGAAAUAUCCGAGCUGCAGCGGGAGAACGCACGCGUCGAGUCGCAGAUGCUCCGGCUGAAGACCGACAUUACCGCAAUGGAGACGCAGCUUACCCACGCCGAUCGGCAGGAAAACGAGACAAGUACCGAUCGUGGCCAUUUAAUGGGCUACUACGAUAAUCUGCGCAACAACGUCAUAACCAUGCUGGAACACGUCAAGAUCCCACCGGCAGCUGGUGCGGCCUGUGACAAUCGGGAAGCUGCUCGACUUCACGCUAGUAACGACAAGAAUAACAACAACACCACCACAGACACCACCGUAAGUGGUAAGCAUCUGCACCCUGAAGGUGAUGGUGAUGGUAACAAUAACAACCGGAGUCACAGUACCGGCCAAGAGAGUACUCUACCAUCGACCCACGGACAGAUCUGCUGCGGUGGACUGCAAACCUCGCACAAGAGAGUUGCCGAUGAGCUACAGUCUGCCGGAGCCGUUAGAGAGCAUCCGGACAUCGAUCGCACACCGGACAAUCGGAACACCCGGGAGUCGGUAGAGGACGCACCGUACGAUAACUACCUGUCCAAGCUGCAGUCGCUCUGUUCGUCUCACUCGAUCACUUCGUCCACUACCUCCCUCGCAUCCUCCACUGCGGCCGCGUCUUCUGUCGAUUCUUCCAACGCCUACACGACGGUUGUGUCGGCUUGCAGUCCAAUGGUAACGCCUCAGCACCAUCAGCAUCAUCACCAUCAGCAUCAUCAUCUGCACUCGCACCAUCAUCUUGGACAUCUGGCACCACCACCACCACCACCACCGGGAGGCUCUGGUUCGUCCGUUCCGACUGGACCGCCGGCGUCCAGCAUGAUGGCUCCACAUCACUAUCAACCCCAGCCAAACCCACAUCCGAUGCAUCAUCUGUACGAAGGAAAUGGGCCGAUCUACACCAAUCUCGGACCGGCUGCUGAUACACACCCGCUAUACGACACGAUGAAGCUGCCGAGCACUGGCAGUGGUGAAGCGUUCAUGGGGAUGGCCCUGCCGGCUCCGAUCUAAAAAAAUUGGGCUGGCAAUUUGGAAGGGCUUAACACGCCUAAUACCUAAGUAGAUGGAAUUGUUGUAUACGUUUUUAUCUUUGUACGUGGGAGAGAGCGUUACGUGGUUGUCUAGAAAGCAAACUAACGGAGAUCAUGGAGCAAAAUGGCGCUAAAGCAGACAUUAAGCGGGACUUGAAUAAAUGAUUUUGUACUGCAGCUUGCAUACAUUUAGGGGAGACGUUAAAACCAAAGAAGAGGCUUAAGAAAGAUUCAUUUUCCUGGUAGGAGGUUUAGAAGGACUCACAAUGAUUAAGAUGAUUAAGUUACAUUGUGUAUUGCAGCUGUCGUACAUUUAGGCGCAAAUAAUUAUUGAAGUCCUGCUUAAGAUCUGUUGGUUGUAGUGCCAGGGAAGAAGAAGGAGAUCUGUUACGCUACUUGUCUUCUUCACUAAGUCAACUGACCACUCACACUGACAGUCACACACAUAUCAAUGUGAGAUAUACACACAGACACACAAUGACAUACUUACACACACACACACGAACACCGACGCCAAACCAAACGAAUCGCAGCGUGUGCGAGCAUAUCAUUAGCUACCAGUGUCUUGACCAAUGCAAGGCCACCAUUACCGCUAAUGAUGAUACGAAACUAGAUGUACAUAUAAGAAACAACAAAAUUAAACUUAUUGUAGCUAUUGUGGUAUGAUAAAGAACAAAAACAAAAACAACAAGUGUAUGCGUCAUGUUUACAGGAAGAAGAAAAAACCCAGAGAAUAAGAGUCAGAGCUCACUCUCUAUCAAACUAAAGCACACACGCACACACACAUAACGAAUACGAUUGUAUGCGUGAGAAGGCUCCAGUGACGCCUCUACUUCCAUGUGGAUUGCGUACGUCGUACGGGAGGCAAUCCAUCCUUUGCCCCAUUUCAUCGAAACCGUAGCGUUAAGGUCAACAGUUUUGAUCAUAAGUUUAAAAAAUAAAUACGAGUUAAAAUAAAGCUGAUUUUAAUUGUCCCAGUACGGUAGCAGUGUU